UUGAAACUGGGGAAGUAGUAGUUUGAUUUAAUUAAAAAAAAAAAAAAACAAAAUAAAUUCGAGCAGCCUUCCUUCGAAUCGCCAUCUCCAUACAUACUCUCUGUCAUCAUUCUCUCUCCAUUUACCGUUUCCCCAGUCAACACGGUCGGCUCCUCGAAAAACCCUAGAAACCUCCUCAAAUCAUCGAUUACAAAUUCAUACAUUUCAAUUUCAAUUCAAUUUUAUUGAGCCUAAUUCUUCUGAUUAUCAACUCAAAUUUGUAUAAAUUAGCUCAAAUGUCGUCGGAAAUCGAGGUAGUUGAAGAAGAAGUCAUGCAAUCGAGAGAUCGAUCGACGACGGAAGAAGCUUCAUUGUCGACUUCUAUGGUGGAGAGAGAAAAUGAUGAGAGUUUGAAGGACGAUGUUUACACAGCUGCGGCGUAUGGUGAUAUGGAGAAGCUUCAGAGAUUAGUAGAGAGAGAAAAUUGCUCUGUUUCUGAACCUGAUACUCUUGGAUACUCUGCAUUACAGUGGGCUGCCCUCAACAAUCGUACUGCUGCUGCGCGCUACAUUCUUGAGCAUGGUGGAGAUGUAAAUGCAGCUGAUCACACUGGGCAGACAGCAUUGCAUUGGAGUGCGGUACGGGGAGCAAUCCAGGUUGCUGAGCUGCUCUUGCAGGAGGGUGCUCGAGUUAAUGCUGCUGAUAUGUAUGGUUAUCAGACAACUCAUGUUGCAGCCCAAUAUGGCCAGACAGCUUUCCUUUAUCAUACCGUCAUGAAAUGGAACGCUGAUCCAGAUGUUCCAGAUAAUGAUGGAAGAAGUCCUUUGCACUGGGCAGCAUACAAAGGAUUUGCUGAUUCUAUACGUCUUCUUCUUUUUUUGGAUGCUUAUCGAGGACGACAAGAUAAAGAAGGUUGUACCCCUCUCCAUUGGGCUGCCAUUCGAGGAAACUUGGAGGCCUGCACGGUAUUGGUACAGGCUGGAAAGAAAGACGACCUGAUUGUGGCAGAUAACACUGGCCUCACUCCAGCACAAUUGGCUGCUGAAAAGAAUCACAGACAAGUUGCCUUUUUCCUUGGAAAUGCUCGGAGGUUACUUGACAAACGUUGGGAUUCGAACAGCAGGCUAGGGAAACUCUCAAAACUAGGGCUUGCUCCUGUGUUGUGGUUUGUUAUUUUGCUGCUACUUGUGUUGUAUGCACAUUCAGUGAUCUUAGAUUCGAAGCUUCCACGGUUAACAGUGGGCUUUGGCCUUCUUGCAUGGCUAGGUUUUUUCCUAGCUACUGGUGGAUUAGUCAUGUUCUAUAGAUGUAGCAGAAAAGAUCCAGGUUAUAUCAGAAUGAAUGUGCAUGAUGCUCAAAAUAUGAAGGAUGAUGAACCCUUGUUGAAAAUUGAGAUAGACAAUCCUGCCUUGCUGGCUGGAAACUGGUCCCAAUUGUGCACAACAUGCAAGAUAGUCCGACCUCUUCGUGCAAAACACUGUUCAACAUGUGAUCGCUGUGUUGAACAAUUUGAUCAUCACUGCCCUUGGGUGUCAAAUUGUAUUGGCAAGAAAAACAAAUGGGAAUUCUUUAUGUUUCUUGCGCUGGAAGUUUCUGCUAUGAUAAUUACUGGCCUUGUCACUCUAAUAAGGGUUGUCAGCGAUCCAUUGGCCCCAUCUUCUUUUGGAGCAUGGCUAAAUCAUGCUGGUACUCAUCAUGUUGGUGCCUUAUCAUUUCUACUUGCUGAUUUCUUCCUCUUCUUCGGGGUGGCUGUCUUAACUGUUGUCCAAGCUUCUCAGAUAUCUCGUAAUAUAACAACAAAUGAAAUGGCAAAUGUGAUGCGUUACAGCUAUCUUAGAGGCCCAGGUGGUCGAUUUAGAAAUCUCUUUGAUCAUGGGGCUCGGAAAAAUUGUUCGGAUUUUUUGAUUAAUGGUUACAAUGAAGACGUGGAGCGUAUUGAAGAAUCAGCGCAUGACGAAGAAAUUGGGAUGGUGCAAAUGGGAUCCAACCCAAACAUGCAAAAUGGGUUAGUCCAUCCUCAUCAAACCAAUGGAAAUGGCCACAUUGCUAUUAAUGUGGAUCCAAAGAGUUCAGAUACUGGGCACGGUCAUUCACAUUCUCAUUCUCAAUGUAGUCAUGGAAGAACAAGUGGAGCCCCUCUGGGCUUGGGUUUGGGUCUAGGUCUCGGAAGAAGCAGCUCUCGAUCCGUAACAGCAUUGUGACACUUGCCAGUUCAAAGGCUAUUGUUGUUUACAUGUGUAUAUGUUUGUAAACAUUACAGUGAGAAUUUGUUUUUCACAAUUAAAUUCUAUUACAUCCUUUGUUACCCUUUUGAGUCAGGCACUGGUAGAGUGGUAGGUUUCUUUCUAUUCUUUUCUCCAUAUUUUUCCCUUUUAAUAUUUUUUGUUAACUGUUGUAGCCGUGUAGAGCCGUUGGUUGCUGAAGGUUCUUCCGCAGACCAGAAAAUUAUUCCGAACAGAUGCUCUUGUUUCAUCUUUGAAAGAAUAAUCGGAGAAAGUAUGAUGUUUCUGUGAGAAGGUGUUCUUUUAGGAGCGUUAUGGAUAUGAAAAGUGAGGUUGUUGAAGAUAAACGAGGCUUCUUUAGCUUGUAAAAUCCUGAUAGGGUCAAUUUUUAUUACACUCAAGUGCAAUUGCAUUUUGUUGGUUUGGUGGUUUUUACUUUGCAA